UUUCUUUUAGAAAAAAAAAGAAUGACCUCUUGGGUUUUCAUAUUAUUGAACGUGUUGUUAUUCACUUUAGCUAUAUCAUCAAAUAAAGAUACAGUUAAGAAAGAUAUAGAAAAAUUUUUCGAUAAUUUUGUCAGUAAAACACUCUAUAACGUAAAACGAAAUAAAAACGCGGAAAAUAAUGAAAAAGAUGACGCAAAAGAGAAUGAAAAACAAGCAAAACUCCUACUUAGAACGCUUCUUUUUUCAACCGCAAAUAAAGUAGACAAAGAAAUCGCAAUGAAAAAAAGGUUACUGCGGUCUGGAUCUGCAUCACCGUACAAUAGUUUUUUGUAUGAGCACUAACCCUGUACAACAAUAACCUGAAAGUUGGUUUCUCGUUUAAAUAUCACCUCAUCAAUCUAUUCUUUUUUUAUUGAGCAAGUGUUGUUCAACGUUACUAAAAGAAAAUCAACCGUUGUUACUAAAAUCAAUCAGUUUGACAAAUGGUUAUUUGAGCUUUUAUAAAAAAAUUUGAGCUAAAUAAAAUUGAAAAAACAAAAAGAUGGAAAAACGCUAAAGUGUUUUAAAACAACAAAUGAUGGAGUAUAGCAACUAACAAUGCAAUAAAUGAACGGUCUUUUUUUUUUAAAGUACUGAGGCAGUUCGAAAUUAAAAGGCAUUGCAAAAUAAUGGCUUGCUUUAUAGGAAUGUCACUUUAAUUAAAUUGAAAGCGAACAUCGUGGUACAAAAACUGGUAUUACAACAAAUAAACGUAUAUUACAAUGAAGAAAGUAGAUUUAAAUAAAAUCCGAUCAAAAGUAGGCUUAGCAAUAAAAAACUUACGUUUCAAUAAAAUGGUAAAAAUGUCGCAAUAAAAAAGUCAACGUAGGAAACAAUAUACUUUUUUAAAAAAAGUCAACUUAAAAUUAUUUUGUUAAUAAAUUUUACUGAUAUUUUUCUAA